AGAACUCGUUCGACAGCCAAUGGAAAAGUGAAUCGAGAUCUGGCCAAUAGCGAACCCCGGCGCCGUUUGCCGAGAUGAAGGCGAGCCAAUAGCGACGCGGCGCUGCCGGCGGCAGCGGUAUAAAGGCGGCUGCAAGAGGCAGUGUCGCUGCUGUGAGCUCUCGGUGGCUGUGUUUGGUGACUGAGGAGCUGCGGUAGCUGCCAAGAUGCCCGAGCCGGCCAAGUCCGCCCCCGCGCCCAAGAAGGGCUCCAAGAAGGCGGUGACCAAGACGCAGAAGAAGGGCGACAAGAAGCGCAAGAAGAGCCGCAAGGAGAGCUACUCCAUCUACGUGUACAAGGUGCUGAAGCAGGUGCACCCCGACACGGGCAUCUCGUCCAAGGCCAUGGGCAUCAUGAACUCCUUCGUCAACGACAUCUUCGAGCGCAUCGCGGGCGAGGCGUCGCGCCUGGCGCACUACAACAAGCGCUCCACCAUCACCUCGCGGGAGAUCCAGACGGCCGUGCGCCUGCUGCUGCCCGGCGAGCUGGCCAAGCACGCCGUGUCCGAGGGCACCAAGGCUGUCACCAAGUACACCAGCUCCAAGUAGACGGUUUCUGCCUCCUUUCUCCAAUAAUUUCAACCCAAAGGCUCUUUUAAGAGCCACCCACCUUCUCAGUAAAAGAGCUGGUCCUGUG